GUGACGUCAGUUUGAUUGGGCCAAUGGACGUGUAGGUGAGGGAACGAACGCUUCCUCAACUACAGUUUGAAUUUUCUAAAGUCGAGCAAGACGCGUCGCGCCCAAAUUUUAGGCCAUGAGCUGGGCGGUGGAGGAGUGGAAGGAUGGACUUCCAGGGAAAGCCCUGCAGAAGAUCCAGGAGAUGGAGGUCCAACUGGACAAACUGAAGAAGGAAAGGACACAGAAGCAGUUUCAGCUGGAGUCUCUGGAAGCUGCCCUGCAGAAACAGAAGCAGAAGGUGGACAGUGAACGCACCGAGAUCUCUGCUUUGAAAAGAGAAAACCAGUCGAUGAUUGAGUCAUGUGACGCUUUGGAGAAAACUCGUCAGAAGGUCGUUCAUGACCUCGGAGUCAAAGAGCAGCAGGUGAGCUACCUGGAGGGUCAACUUAACUCCUGCAGGAAGACAAUAGAUCGUCUGGAGCAAGAACUCAAGAAGCACAAAACUGAGCUCGAUCGCUCUCAACCUGCCGGAUCUUCCUCGCUGUCCACCUCUUCCUCUGACCUGCAGACGUUCAGCACGCCUCAGAAGACUUUUGCUACGCCAGCGCCUGUCUCUGCACUCAGACAACCAGACAGCAAACUGAACGAGCUUCAGGAAAAGUACAACCAUGAAGUGGAAGAAAGAAAAAAGCUGGAAAGUGAGCUCAAAUUGUUGCAGGUCAAGUUGCUGAAUCAGUCAUCCGUCAGCCACAAGGACAUCGCCGCCCGCCAAGCUGGGUCAUCCAUAUUCCCAUGGCAACAGCAGGAUCAGGUCCACAGCCUGCGGGGCCAGGAUGUGAUGGAAACGCCGCUAAAGAGACGCGGUGCUUCUUCUCUGUGGGACGCCGAGGAAACGCCGAUCAAACCCAGCCAGCGGAUGAGUUCGUCCAGAACCGUCCAGAGUCCCAGUGGAUCGUCCCAGCAGACGGAGCAGCUGAAGAGCCUCAACCAGGAGCUGCGUGGUCGUGUGUCAGAGCUGGAGAGGAAUCUGGCCGCUCAGGAAAAGGAAAUUCGAACCCAAACGUCGAAGCUGCAAGAACUCCAGACCCACUUGAACCAAACCCGCAAAGAGCUGUCGGAGCGGGACAGAGAGCUGGUCAAGGCCGGCCACGAGCAGAGCCAGGCUGCAGACCGUUACCAGCAGCUGGAGGCAAAGUGCUCCAUGGUGGAGCAGAAGCUGAAGCAGGUCUCUGAGGAGAUGAGCUGCCAGAGGCACAACGCUGAGAGCUGCAGACGAGCUCUGGAGCAGAAACUCAAAGACCAAGAAAGAAACAGUCAGAAGGAGUUGGCUCAGCUUCAGAGUUCCCAUCAGGCUUUGGAUCAGCAGCUCAACCAGACCAGAACCAAGCUGACACAGGAGGUCCAACAGGCCAAAAAGGACCACAAUGUUCUUCUAGCGGACCUGGAGAAGAUGCGCUUGCAGAAGAGUCAGAUGGAGAGAGAAAUAGAGGAGCUGAAGCAGAAGCUGCUGCGGUCCGAACAAGGCCUGCAGGCGAGUCAGACCAAAGAGCAGGACCUCCGCAAAAAGAUGGAGGAGCUGCAGAAAGAGAAGAACGCUCUGAUCAUCCAGUUGGACCGCAGCAGCAGGUCGCUGACUCAGCUGGAAGAGGAGAAGAGGAUCUCAGAGCAGUCGCUGAAACGCAGCCAGGGGCUGCUGGAGGACCUGAAAGCGAAAUCUGAAGGACAGGCAGAGGAGCUGAAGAGACUCCAGUCGAAACUUGAGCACCAGACUCAGACGGCAGCAAGAGAGCUGGAAGACGUGAAGAAGAGGCUUUCUGACGCAGAGGCCAGGAAUGACAAAUCUCAGAAUGAGCUUCAAAAUCAGAAGCAGAACGAAGAGCUGAAAUCAAACCUCCGCCAGAGUCGGGACAAGAGCCAGGCUGUGAAACAGGAGCACCAGGCUGUGAAACAGGAGCACCAGGCUGUGAAACAGGAGCACCAGGCUCUGCUGGAGUGGAAGAAGAACAAGGAGAACUUGAUAAACCAAACCGAGGCCGUGCAGCAGGAGCUCACUGACAAGAUCAUCACUUUGGAGGGCAAAGCGAGUCGGCUGCAUGAGGCCAACAAUGAACUCCAGGACAAGAUCUCAUCCAUGGAGGCAGACAAAGCCAGCCUGUCCGCCCACGUCGACGCCCUGAAGGGAGAACUCCUCCUGAGGAGCACAGAGCUGGAGGAGAAGGAGCAUCAGAACCAGCAGCUUCAGCUCCACGUCUCUGAAGCGGCGCAGAAACACGGCAAAGACCUGGAGAACGCCGGGAAGCAGCUGGCGCAGCUCCAAGGACAGGUGAAAGAUCUGGAGUCCCGGCUGCAGAGGGAGGCGUCUCGAGCCCAGCUGGCUGAAAAGAGGAGCUGCGAGCUGCAGGAGGAGCAGCAGGCCGCGUGCGACCUGCUGCGCUCCAAAGACCAGCUGCUGGAGCUGGGCCUGGCCGAGGUCAGCCAGCUGAAGGACGGCCUCGCUCGGUCCGCCGCUCAGCAGGAGGCGCAGAGCGACAGCUUCGUGAAGCAGAAGGCCGUCCUGCUGCAGCAGUGUGAGGAGAGCGUUUCGGCGCAGGCUGAGGAGACGGAGCGCGUCAAGCUGCAGGCAGAGGAAGUCCGGCAGGAGCUGCAGCUCUCCAGACACAAAAUCAGCUCGAUGGAACAGAUCCUGAAGGUUCAGGAACAGCUGGGAGCCGAGCUGCAGAAACAAAUUAAGACGAUAUCCGAUAAGGAGGAGGAGCUCACGAAGACGUGCCAGGAGAAAUCAGAGGAGCUGAAACGCUUGGAGGAGGAGCUGAAGGACCAGCGGAGCCGCACCGAGGAGACGGAGCAGCAGCUCAGAGCAGCCGAAUCCCAGAUCCACACUGUGGAAAAUCAAAAGGCUGAGCUGGAAAAUCGACUUCAAGAGAUGAAGAAAGAAGCAGAGAUCCUGCAGUUCAGUCACACUGAAAGGAUAAACGCUCUCCAGGAACAGAUUGUAUGUCUGGAAAAGCAGGUUUCUGCAAACCAGGAAGCAACAGAGGAGGUUUCUGUCCUGAAAAACAAACUGGACGUGGUCAAGCAGUCUCUUGGUCAUCUUAACAAAUCUCUUGAAGCUUCAGAAAAGAGCCUCAGCUGUGCAAAUGAAACAAAAGCUGAUCUGGGGGUCACCCUGUCUGAGAAAGUGAAACUUAUCACUGCGUUGGAUGAUCAGAUCAAUAAUCUCAUUGAGAAGCUGAAGAAAGAGUCUGAGAGCCAGAGCGCAGAGGUUGGGGACUUCGUCAAUAUGGAGCGGAGCCUCAAAAAGCACCUGGAAGCCACUAAGAAAUCAGUAGCUGCAGCCAAAGCAGAGCUGAGCUCUAGACGGGAGGAGAUCCGAACCAUGAAGACGACUCUGUCUGCAGCGUCCCGCGGCCUGGAAGAAAGAGACAACACGAUAAAGAGUCUGAAAGAGAAGCUGAACAAAGCAGAGGCAGAGCAGGCCAAAACCUCUGAGCUGCUGAAGGAGAAGACGGUGGCCAUGAACAAAAUCCAGGUGCAGCUGGAGAUGCUGCAGAUGGACCUGGAGGACAACGAGUCGGCCAUGACCUCUGUGGAGGAGCUGAAGGGAACCAUAGCGUCACUGGAGGCCAUGCUGGAGGAAAGCAAAGCCCAGGUUUCUGUCUUGGAGACCCGUUUGGAUGAGGUCCAGUCCGAAUACUCUCUGCUUGAAACAAAAUACGUGACGGCGAAGGACGAGCUGCUGGAGCGGAGCUGCGAGAUAACCCGUCUGGAGGAGGACGCCGUCAGACGGCAGCAGCUGGAGGAGAACGUCUCUGUCUUGGAGGCCAAACUGAGUCAGAUUACUGAGGAAAACUCAAAGGCAGAGACGGAGCUGAGGCAGAUCAUUCAGGAGAAAGAGAGCCGUUUGGAUCAGCUGAAUGAGGAGAAAAACAGCCUCCAGGCUUCCUUAACGCAGUCAGUGGAUGAGCACAAACGAGCUGAAUCUGAAAUCACUCGGGUAAAAGCGGAGAAGGCGGCGCUGGAGGAGAGAAUGAGCAACCUGUCGAAGGAGAUUCAGCAACUCCAUGCUGAAGUUAGAGAGUUAUCUGAGCAGAAACAGGAAGCGGAGGCAACGAUUGACCAGAUGGCUGCAGAAACACAACAGACAGAGUCCGCGCUCCGUCGGGUCUCAGAGAAAAAAGCCCAGCUGGACGUCGCUCUGAGUUCAGCCAGCGAGGAAAACGUUGAGCUGCAGGAGAAGAUUUCUGCUUUAACCUCUGAGAACGGGGAGCUGGUCUGCAAAGUGAAGCAGGUGGAGGAGGAGAAACUCCAGCUGGAGUCUAAGUUUAGUCGAUUCUCUGAGGAAAACGUCAAGCUGCAGUCAGACAUGAACCGUCUGACUGCAGAGAAGCAGCAGCUGCAAGCCAGAGCAGAGAGGCUGCAGGAGGAGAUGGCGUCUCUGCGGGAGGAGAGCCAGCGUGUCCAGCACUCGCUGCUGUCCGCUGAGGAGGAGCAGCAGACGAACCAGCAGUUUGAGGCAGAGCAGACUGCACUUCACCAGAAGCUGUCCGUCCUCCAGACGGAGCUGGCUGUGCUGCAGCAGCAGUACGAUGUGCUGCAGCAGCAAGUGGACCAGCAGCAACGCAUCAUUCAGCAGCUCACAGAAUCCCAGAAACACCAGAAUCCAACUGGAAACAUCCCGCGCCUAGAACCCAGAGACGCUGAGGAUGGCGCAGAGGCAGCUGGACAGACAGAACCAAACCCAGAGCUUGGUGCGAGCGUUGGUACCAGCGCAGAGUCAGAUCCACUGAACGAACAGGAAGAGGCGUCUGAAAAGAGCCCUGAUCAGGCUGCGAGUGAGGCAGAGCUGAUCGCUCAGGAGGACGCCUCUGAUCAGGAGAUGAUCAAUGAGGAGGAGGCUCAUAAACAUGAUGCUCAGGAAAUCCAACUUCACCAGCAGGUCUCUGAGGAAAACUGCAGCAGUAAUGGAGAUCUUGAAAAUGAGAACUGUGAUGCUUCUUCCUCCCAACAUGAGAAAAGAGGCAUGAAAUUCUCCGGAGACGAGUCUCGGCCGGUGAACGACGUCAGCGUCGAUACAGAAACGAUCUCAAAGCAGCAGAACGAACUGAAGACGCUGCAGUCGGAGUUUGACCUGCUGACCUCUGAGCUGCAGCUGAGAGCAGAGCUGACCUCAGAGCUGGAAGUCCAAGUUCAGAGGUUGGAGGAGAAAGUUCAGGCUGUAGAGAAGCAGCUGAGCACCGCUUUGGAGGAGAAGAAGAGUCUUUCUGAUCAGGUGACCCAGCUGCUGGAGGAGAGGGAGUCACUUAGUCUGCAGCUGGAAACGUCCAGAUGUCAACUCACUGACUUCAUGGAGAUGUUGGAAGGACUUGAGAUGGCCAAAGGCGGCUGGGAUGAGAAGUUCCUUCAGCAGGAGAGUGAGUUGAAGAGGGUCCGCUCUGAAAAAGCUAACCUGGAGCAGCACAUCCUGGGAAUGGAGUCUGAACUGGAGAGCAUGCAAGCAGAAACCUCCAGGCUUAAGGAGGAGCUGGAGACCCAGAGGAAGACUUGUUCAGGACGGGAACAACAGAUAGAAACUCUCCUUACGGAGACAACCCAGCUGAGAGCUGAACUCGUGUCGUGCUCUGAAGACCGAGAUGAGUUGAGUCAGUCUUUAGGUCAGUGGAGAGACAAAGUUCACGGUUUGGAGAAGACAAACCUGGAAACCAGAAAUUUAAUCUCCAUCCUGGAGGAAGACAUCCGGGUCGGAAGGAAGGAGAACCAAAGUCUGCAAAGCAGCAUGGAGAGAGUGAAGGCAGAGAGGGAGCAGUUUUUGCAGCAGGUUGUGGUUCUGGAAGAGGCCAUUUCUAAACAUAACAGGGAGAAGGAGGGGCUGCUCAACCACCUCCAUGAGAUGGAAGAUGAUCACACGUCUACCAACCAAAACACCGAGUCCAUGGCCGGCAAAAUCCAGGCUCUAGAGGGAGAAGUGUGUCGCCUCUCCCAGUCUCUAGAGUCGUCGCUGCUGGAGAAAGGAGAAAUCGCGUCUCGGCUGAACUCCACUCAGGACGAAGUCCGGCAGAUGAGGACGGGAAUCGAGAAGCUGCAGGUCCGCAUCGAGUCAGACGAGAGGAAGAAGAAGAACAUGGGAGAGCUGCUCAAAGCUGCUCAGAGAAAGUCCGACUCGCUGCAGGAUCGCAUCGAUGCGCUGGAGCGAGAGAAAGACGAAUUUGAGCAAAAUCUAGAGGAGGCCGUGCUGCAGGCUGAAGCAGCAAAAGCUGAGCUGGAAGAGGAGAGGAGUCAGGUGGAAGAAGAGAAGAAAGAGCUGAAUGAGAAACUGACUGAGUUGUCCGCCGCUCUGGACACUCUGAGAUCUGAGAAAGCUCAUUUAGAGAGAGAACUGGACAUAAAAAAUGAAGAGAUAGAGAAGCUGAAGGCAGCCAAGGACAAACUGGAACAGGGUUUGGAGAAAGCAGAGGUGGACAGAAGAGAAGAAGAAGACAGACAGAGACAAAGACUACAGGAGCUGGAGAAAUGGACGAGAGAGGAAGUGGAGAGACAAAGUGUGCGAGUCGGAGACCUUCAGGGCCAGCUGACGGAGUCGGAAAGGGAAAACAACGACCUUAGGACAACUAUUGAGUCUUUAGGAGAAGAAAUAAAGGAUCUUAAAACACUUGCUCAAGCUAAAGAGGAAGAAAUCCUCGCUUUGGAGAAGGACAAAGAGAAUAAGGCAGAAUCCAUCUCAUCAAUCGUAGCAGAGAAGAAACAAUUAGAGGAAAGAAAUGAACAGCUAGAAAAGGAGAGAGGCGACCUUCAGUCUGCUCUGGUGUCUGUGAACCAAGAGAAAGCAAAGGCAGAUCAGGAGAAAACAGAGUUAGAUGAAGAGAGAGUAAAGCUUCAGUCCAAGAUCUCGUUGGUAGAAACGGAGAAACAGAACCUCCAACAAACCGUCUCCUCGUUGGAGCAGGAAAAGCUGAGGUCAGAGGCUGAAACUGAGGAGUUACAGUCCUCACUGUUGAUGAUGGAAGAGGAGAAGAACAACCUGUCUUCAGCUCUUUCUCUGCUGGAAGAAGAGAAGCAGCAGGCAACAGAGGAGAAAGAGAGGCUCACACAGGAACAUGAGGUUCUCCAGAAAACAGUCGCCUUCAUGGAAGAAGAAGUGGAGACACACAAACGAUCCCUGACCCAACUCAGUGAGCAGGUUUCUGAAUUAACAUCCAGUUUAGCUUGUCUUACUAAAGAGAGAGACUCUGCUGUGAGCAAAAUGAACCUUUGGAUGAACACCUGCAAACAGCUGGAGCAGGAGAAGCAGAACAUCCUAAACAGCUCAGAAGGAAGAAGCAGUGAGGAGUUUCAGGCUGAAGCGACCCAACUGAGGGCGCAGGCAGAGGUCAGGAAGAAAGAAGUGCAAGAACUGAAAACCGCCCUGGAGAAAAAAACAACAGAGGCUGAGGAAAGACGACAAGAAUUGAGGCAAAAGGAGGAAGAGGUGAAGGAGCGAGCGGCUGCUCUGGAGGGAGUGAGAGCAGAGAAGGAAAGGGAGCUGGAGAAGUUUAGGAAGGAGCUGGAUGAGGUUAACACGCUUCUGGAGGAGAAAAGCACCGAGGCCGAUGAGAGCAUGGAGAAAUACUGCAGCCUGAUGGUCAAAGUCCACAAGCUGGAGGAGAGUAAUGACGCGCUGAAGACCCGACUGGAGCAGCUCACUGCCAGCCAGCCUGUGAAUGAAGCCAAGCUCCCUCCUGAAACCCGCCGGCGCUCAGCGAGGAAGUCCUCCUCCAAACACCAGGAAGAAAAAAUGAGUGAAAACACAGAGAAUCUGGUUCCCACGACAACGCCGAGCUCUCCGCAGGGAUGGUCUCCGGGAAAACGGAGUCAUAAGGAAAUCAGUGACAGAGACAGCGCCCAGGAGGCUCUCCACAACCUGACGAAGAAACUGAAAGCCAACACCGCAACGCCCAGAGGAAGAGGAGGACAGGAUGACGAAGAGUUCAGACCAGAGGGCCUGCCUGACCUGGUGCAGAAAGGGUUCGCUGAUAUCCCACUGGGGGAGGCCAGUCCGUAUAUCAUCCGGAGGACCACCGGGAGGCGCUGCAGUCCUCGGCUGGCUGCAAGACAGAGUCAGCCUGAUGUCAAGGUUUUGGGGUCCGUCCAUCUGCAGAGUCCCUGUGGUUCAUCAUCGGACGGCUCUGACGGGACGCGCCAGCCCGUGCGUGGCGAGCAGAAACCUCCGCUGAGCGUCCAUCAGGAAGCAGAGCAGAGAGAGAAACCGGUUCUAAUGGAGAAAACAAAACAAGGAGAAAACUGUCAUGUUCAGUAGAUCACGUCACACACUAACAAACCCACCAAGGCACAAAUGUUCGCUUGAUCACGAGGUUGUUUAAAAUUUCACCUAAUGGUAUAUAGGGCCAACAAUGUUCACUUUUUUUAUUUGAGGAGAAAACACUUAUAGAUUUUUUUUUUUCCUGGUUUGAAACAGAAGAACUUCCUGUUCUGUUUAUUCUGCCUGUAGCUGAAAAUAACCGUCUUCAGGAAGAAAUAGAUAUAUGAAAAUGUCUUUUUUUCUUCCUUGCAUUGCUUUUUGUUCAGUUGUUUUAUUUUUUUUACUACAUUUUUAAAAACGUCUUUAAAUUAGCCAGAUGAAGUGCUGUGGUUGUUUGUCAUUUUUCUGCCUUUAUUUUUACUAUCGCUCUCUUGCUGUAAGAAAUACUUUUUAGCUCAUUUUGUUUUCUGUAAAUGACGGCAGCUGACUUUUCUUACAUUUCUGUCUUUUUCUGCUUUAUAUUGAUGUCAAACAUUUUUUAAUAAACCCAUUUUAACAACUUGUA